AUGAAAAUAAGACAAGAAAUACUUGAAUUGUUAGAAGGAUUAAUAGCAAAUAUUACUGGAAUAAAAAAUGAAAAUAAUAUGUUUUAUGACCUUCGUGAUAAAAUAGUUAAAAUGAUUAAAGAGUCAUCUUUUAUGAUGGUUAAUCAAUUUGAAAUCAAAAGAUCAUGUUAUGGUUUGGUUGAGAAAUUUGAUAUUCUUUCGAAAGAAAAUCACAGUACAAUGCUCGAAAACUUAUUUGACGAACUUUUUAAGGAUGAGAAUAAUGGUUUAAUAAUUGACAUGCUUGCAUUAAUUUUAAAUCUUUCGGAUAAUCCUUUAGAAAAAAAACUGGAAAUUUAUCAAGAACAAGCAGAAAAACAUGUUGAAAUACUACCUGUAAAUGAAAUUGAUGAUUUUCAUUAUACAGGUGAACACUGGAAAAUGAUUGACUCACUUAAUGAACAAGAUGAUGAUAAUGAUGAAAAUGACGAUAAUAAUAGUGAAAAUGAUGAAAAUUGCGAUAAUGGUGAUGACAUUGUUUCUGAAUCGUUUACAAGAGAGAAACGGGAUACAAAAGAUAUUGUUAAAGUAUUACCAGUGGAAUUUUUUCCCAUUAAUAUGCAAGAACUUGAUUCUAUCGAAAAAGUUCAAUACUGGAGAUCUAUUUCGUGUCAAAAUGAUGUUAAGCGUAUUGUAUAUCAGCUUAAUUAUAAUUCAGAUGUAUCGACUCUUCUUACUGAAACAAAUGUUGUGCGUGAAAUUAUUUUCAUGAUUCAAGGAAACGAAACUGUUUUGUUUUUAAAAAAUGGUGACGAUAUUAAAAUUAAUGAAAAUUUUUUUAUAUCUCAAAUAUCACAUACAAUGUUUUUAAGUUUUUUGGAAUGGUUUUUAGAAAGAGGAAGAUUAGUUAAUAAAAUUCGUAGUUUUAUAUCCAAUCCUUUUAAAAAUUAUUUAGAAAAUGUUUUUGUUUGUUCUGUAGAAGAUUUACUUGGGUCUUUGGAUUCUACUCUAGCUUAUUAUCAAUCAUUUUCUGGUGAUUCAGAACAUAUUAGAAUAUUAACCAUAUUAUCUCUUCAAAACAUUUUAGAUAGAAUUUUAGAUCCUUAUAUUGUUUUAUCUGAUAUUAUUUCAAAAAUAGAUUCUACAACUUUCAAAACUAAUAUUUGUAAUUUUUUAAAUAUGCUAUUUGAUAAGGCUAAGUUUUAUUAUUCUAUAUUUGACAAACAAACAUUUCUAUUAAUAACGAUUUUACGAUCUGCUUUAUUAGAGGCUUAUUUAAGACCAUUGGAACUUUGGUUUUCUUGUGGAGAGCUACCUGAUAUUCAAGGAUUUUUUAUUACUAAGUCUACAUUGAAAUCUGAUGAUCUACUGUUACUUUCUGAGUACCAAUUGAGCUUAAAUAAUGAUGGUACGUUACUUAUUCCAGAUGUAUUAAAGAGAAUUUCCCAAAAAUCUUUACUUAUUGGAAAAUUGAAAAAACUCUUGGCAUCUAUAUUUUCCGAAUCGAAAAUAACUUUUUUUGAUACUAAUAAAAGUAUUUUUCAAAAACUCAAGUCUGAUUAUGACGCUCGGUUGGUCCUUUUUUCUGCAAAAAUGCAUGACAUUUUUCAUUUAAAUUCAUCGUCUUCUAAAACUUCUGAAAUUUUAAAUGAAUCCUUUGAACAUGAUUAUCUAACAUAUAUUUUUAAUUGGGUUGAUCAGAAUUAUUAUACUUCUAUGAAAAAUGUUCUUCAUGGAUUAUUUUAUAAUGCCGAAAUAGAAAAGCAUCUAAAUGCAAUAUUUGAAAUUUAUUGUUUGUAUAAUAGUAACUACAUAAUUAACUUUAUAAAUUCUGUUUUUGAAAAGAUGGAUCAUCAGAAAAUAUGGUGUGAUAAGUAUAUUUUGCAAGAUCUGAUUCAGAUUUCUAUGAAGAAUUCUACUAUUGAUUUAGAUCUUAUUACUAUAAAAAUACAAAACUUUGAAAAUGACAAUAUAUCCAAUUUUUAUAUUUAUUAUAAAUUACCAUUGUCACUUACUUCAAUUAUUAGCUCGUCUUCACGUACAAAAUCAUCUAUGGAAAGAAAUUCGAUAUUAAUUUAUCGUAACUUAUCUCAAAUAAAGUUGUAUUUCAAUUGGUUAAUAAACAUAUUAAUAAGUUAUUUUUUUGAUAUUAUUAUUAAAACGCAUGUAGAAACUCUACAAAAAAGUAUUAAAAAUGCUAUAAAUUUAAAUGAAAUAAUUAAUAUUCAUAAUUCAUUUAUUAAUUCCAUUUUAACACAUUGUUUUUUGAAUCUUCGGUUUAAACAAAUACAUGAUUCAAUAAUGGAAAUUUUUAUGUAUGUAAAAUCUGUUUCGGAAUUAAUAAUAUCAUUUCAAAAAAAAGAAAUUAAAACACCUUUGUAUUUAUAUUUAACAUCAGAUGAAGAUAUGAGUUCUGAUUUAGAGAUUGAUGUUAAUAGAAAAGAAAGUGAUAAACAAUUAAAAAAUGAAGAAACUUUUUUAAAAGAUCUUAUAGAUAUUCAGAAAAAAACAUGCUCUGUUUUAAAAUUUAUUCUAUCUGAACUUCAAGAAUUACCUCAGGAAUUUACUACUGUAUACAUAGAAAUUUUAAUGGAGAAUCUUGAAUAUGGUGUAUUAGAUAUUGAAUCAUGA